AGGGGCGGGGCGGGCAUGGCGGCGGCGGCGGCGGCGGGCGGCGGGGAUGAGGCGGCGGCGGAGGCGCGCGUGCGGGCCUGGGCGGCGGGGCAGGCGGCGCGCGGGCGGCGCGUGGCGCUGGUGACGUCGGGGGGGACGCAGGUGCCGCUGGAGGCGCGCGCCGUCCGCUUCCUGGAGAACUUCAGCAGCGGGCGGCGCGGCGCCGCCUCGGCCGAGCGGCUGGUGGCGGCCGGUUACGGCGUCUGCUUCCUGCACCGGGCCCGCUCCGCCUUCCCCUGGGCGAGAGCCCUCCCGCCGCCCGGGCCCGCCCUGCUCGACGCCCUCCGCCUCACUCCCGGGCCGCCGCCCGGCGUGGCCGCCGAACCCGCCGCUCUCCCCGCCUUCCUUCCCGCCCUCCGCGACUACCGCCGCGCUACCGAGGCCGGGGCGCUGCUGGCCAUCGAGUUCACCGGCCUGGCCGAGUACCUGGCGCUGCUGCGGGCCGCCGCCCGCGCCCUGGCGCCCUUCGGCUCCAGUGUCAUGUUUUACCUGGCAGCUGCCGUGUCGGAUUUCUACAUCCCCGCCUCGGAGAUGCCUGAGCACAAGAUCCAGUCCUCGGAGGGGCCCCUGCAGAUCACAAUGAAGAUGGUGCCAAAAAUGCUGUCUCCUCUGGUCAAAGAAUGGGCCCCAGAGGCAUUUGUUAUUUCCUUUAAACUGGAGACGGAUCCCUUGAUCUUAAUCGAUAAAUCACGGCAGGCUCUGGAGAAAUAUCGUCACCAGGUGGUGGUAGCAAAUAUCCUGGAGUCGCGGAGAACCUCUGUUAUUAUUGUAACCAAAGACUCACAGACUCCAUUGUCUCUUUCUGAUGAGGAAAUAGCGCAAGGCAUGGAGAUAGAGGAGAAGAUAGUGAGCUAUCUUCAGGGCCAACAUACUGCAUUUAUAGAGAAGAAAGUCUGAGGACCGGCUCUGAAAGAAACAAGUGAAAUUGUACUAGAGAGGGAGUGGAACUGGAGCCAUUCUCUAUCCCAGGUAAAUAAAACAAUCCUCAGUGAAACACUGUGGGAAAGGCUGCCGUCCAAAACAGUGUAACUUUUCUACAGCUCAGUAAUGGUUAUUGUUGCUUGCUUUGAAAAAGAAAAAUACACUGAAGUGAAAACAUUCCAAAGGAUGAUAUUUGUUCUGGUGUCUAAGGAGGGAAAAGAUAUGUUGCUUUAUUUCUGUCCCGUGGGCUGGGAGAACCGGGAGGUGGAGAAAUGGUAUAUAUGUCUGUAUAUAAAAGAUUUUCUUGA